AUGCGGCUCUUCCAUCGACAUCGAAACAAGCAGAAGAACCCGCCUCAACCUAUCCAAGAAGACCUGCUUUCACCCUUCGACUCACCAGCACCUUCGCCUCCCAUUCGGAAUUUCUCAUACCCAACCGCGGCCUUACGACCACCGUCGGGACCCUCCAUCUUUUCAUCUGCACAGCUGGGUAUUCACCUACCUCCUGCCGGUUUUGGAGAAGCACGAACAUCCACACCUAGUGGCCUCAUCGAGCCCCCGUUCUACUGGGCGUCAUCGUACAGACCCAUACGGGAGGAAGAGAUCGAACCAUCGACAGAUUCGCAGUCUUUCAUUUCCGAUACUGCUCGGGCUAUCUUUGAAAGCUCACCUAAGAAGGCGUCUCCUCAGAAGCGCGCUUUUGUUCUCGGUCACAAGUUCGCCAAGUCAGUCGAUCUUGCAUCCACCCACCUACGCCCGCCGAGCCCACUUCGCCCGGCAUCUAGCUCAGGAAUAGCAACAGUCGACACGCGAACUGCCCCUCAUAGGAUCGGGCUAGCGAUAGACGAAGAAGAUAACCAUCCAGGAACAUUGCUCGAUCUCUCAGACGACGAGAUGGGUCUCAGACGCAGAAUCUCGGAGAUGGAUUUGAGAAUGUCCCCUCCGAAACGCAUGUUCUCCGACCAUUCUCAGACAUCGGAGUACAGCGCUUCUACAGUUAGUGUCAGUGGAAGCCCUACAAAGAAGAGACGAAGUGAUAAGACCAAACCCAAAGACGGCAAGCAUCAUUGGGUGAGCCAGCUCAAAGACUGGUUCAGUACUGGCGAGCCGUCCUCUCAAGACUGGAAACAGCUCAAGAAACAAGAGUACCACAAACAUGGGAUCGCGAUGAAUGACCCAGAUGCCAGCGCAAAGCUGCACGCUCCCAUUGGAGCAAUUCCUGAAGAGGCCAUCAAGCCUUCCAGCGGGCCUGAUCCCGAGACGAUUGCCAAGAAGAAGUUUGCCAAUCGAAAGCAGGUUCGCCAAGCAUAUGGCGGUUGCGAGAGAAUCUCCGGCUCUGUUUCUUCUGAGUCUUCGGCGGGUAGCAGGGAGGUCAACCCUAUUGCCCCAUGGGCAUAG